GAGAGAGAGAGAGAGAGAGAGAGAGAGGGAGGGUUUGCAGGGUAACAAUGUCGUUCAGAGGGGUCAAGGUUCCACCAAAUUCUGCAACCCUAGAUGAGGCUAAAAAACGUGUCUUAGAUUUCUUCAAGGAAACGUGUCGAUCGAUCCCAACCAUUAUGGAUAUCUACUAUCUUGACGACGUUGUCACGAAAUCGCAACUGCGUUCUACAGUUUCCGCUGAAAUUCGAAAGAAUUCUCACGUCAAUGAUCCUAAGGUGAUUGACAUGCUUCUUUUCAAGGCAAUGGAGGAUCUAGGAAACAUCGUACAGCAUGCAAAGCAGCGACACCACAUCAUAGGAAAGUAUGUGAUAGGGCGUGAAGGAGGACUGAUACAGGACCGUAGCACCAAGGACCCAGGAAAUUCAGACUUCCUUAAAAAAUUCUACUCCAGCAAUUACUUCUGAGCCAUGCCAUAGCUCAUUUUGGUAGGCAUCUGUGUAUGUCACUGGGUUUUGAUCUUGGAUUGGUGUACUUUCAGAAAUAAGGAGUUGAAAUUGGCUCUUGUGUUUGUUAUUUCAUAUUGUGAUAAAUAUCAAUUUGGUAUUUUUUCUUUUAA